AUGCCAUUAUGCGAUCUUUGCCAGUCGGUCGACGUCCUCGACAUCCCUAAGCUACCGCCCGAUUACAAAAUCCACACUGUUACUCGACGCGACUACCCGUGCCUAGUCCAAAUCAGUAGCCAACCUCUCAGGGACCUCUGGAAGAACAAGCAAGACCGUCCAAAGGAUCAAGAACCCAUUGGCAUACCCUUCCACCAAUCUAUCGAAGACCUCGAAGACGCCGCUGCCGAUGAUUGCGCAAUCUGCAAGACCGUACAGCGCGAUGUCGUGCAGUUUCAAUCCGAUUUCAGUGGGGCGAAGAAGGAACCUGGAAUUCGUGCCGAGCGUGGCGGAGGACCGGAUUGGAAGAUGUGUCUGGUUAGGGGUGUGAAUGAUACCGGGGGUUUCAUGGUGGUGUCGGUCGAUACAAAGUAUUGGUGUCAGGUUUGGGUCGUUGCUGCUGUGGGGUUGUGUGCUGAUUACGGCGAUCCGUUGGCCGCUGUCGUUCGAGGUCGCAAGACACUCUCCUCAUCGCCGCAUACACUUGCACAUGCCCUGAACUGGGUACGCGACUGCGACAAACAACGGACGGAUCAGCGCUGUCAUGUCGAUGCGGCACCUCUUCCAGCUCGUGUCUUGGACAUACGAGACUCGAUGCCGCACAGAGUAGCUCUUUAUGAGUCCGUAGGGGAAGAGCUGGGACGCUACGCAGCACUGAGUUAUGUCUGGGGCGAGUCAAGCCCGUUCGCAACCACACGUGCCAAUAUCGAAGCCAACAAGAGGGGUAUCGAUACCGAACAGCUCCCAAAGACGUUCCAGGACGCCAUUUUCAUAGCUAGAGAAAUGGGAAUCGGCUACCUAUGGAUCGACUCCCUCUGUAUCUGCCAAGACGACUCAGAAGACUGGUCGCGCGAGACAUCACGCAUGGCCUCCGUCUACUCAAACGCCUACAUCAUGCUCUCCGCAACCGGUUCUCCUUGCUCUGCAUCUGGGCUGACCAUCUUCUCACCCAACCGCCCAGCACCCAUCUACUCCCCUUUCUCAUACACAACCACAACCGGCAUCAAAGGAACUCUCCACGCCUUCUCCUCCUCCCGCGAAACAGCCGCAAAGCCCUCCUGGGCCGGAAACAACGCAAUGCUAAAGACCGAACCACUCAGCCAACGCGGCUGGGCGUUGCAGGAACGCUGGCUCGCACCGCGUGUGCUGCAUUUCGGCACGGAACAGAUGUUCUUCGAGUGCUACUUGCUAGACGCCUACUCCCGCCGUUCUCUAACCAAACCUUCGGAUAAACUGGUUGCCCUCUCUGGCCUCGCACGCACCUACGCUUCCUUGCUCCCUUCCCCAACCACCUACCUUGCAGGACACUGGUCCCCAACCCUACUCCAUGACCUAAUCUGGCAAGCCGUCGGCACGACAACCGCACCGGCAGUAUACCGCGCACCAAGCUGGUCCUGGGCCGCCAUCGACGGGCCGUUCGGCCUCUUCAGCCCGAACUCUGGCAUAGGAUGGGACAAGGGGGAAUGGACGGCUUUAGCCAAGAUCCACGCUACGAGUGUUACAUUGAAGAGCGCCCAAAAUCCUUUCGGCGAGGUAACAGACGGUUAUAUAGACAUUAGCGCGCCGCUGGAACGACUGUACCCUGCGGCCGAACAGAGAGAAGGCGAUGGCGAUGUUUUUCCCAAUCGGCAGAAGGGUGCUGUGGCUCAGACGAAGGAGAAACUCAUACGGAAAGGGCGAGGGGAAGGGAGUUGUGGGCUGCGAUACUGUGGAGGCAUGUAA